ACCGCCGAGGUGCAGAGAAUGGCAUGCGUUAAACAGUGUUUACACUGUACUUUGGCCACUAUGGCGCCCGGUUCUGGUUGUUUUGAGCGCAGAGUGGGUUAUAGACACCGCUGUUCGCUUCCUAACUGAAGUAUUCUCUGAUUUACAGUCUAAUUUUGAAGUUUAAGUAGGUUAUCUAUCUGUAAACUCGCUCAGAAUGGCGGAGAGAGGAGCACAUCUGACCACAGCAGCAGCAGCAGCAGUGGAAGACAGGCCGAGUAUUUUUGAGGUUUUAGCUCAGGACUCGUUGAUGGGUGCUGUCAAACCCGCACUGCAGCACGCCGUGAAGAUCUUGGCUGAAUCCAAUCCUGAUCGAUAUGGAAUUCUCUGGAGGAAGUUUGACGAGAUCUACGCUGUCCUGGACCUCCUGCUGCAGCACCAUUUCCUGUCACGCACCAGUGCAUCAUUUUCUGAAAACUUCUACGGCCUGAAACGGGUAGGUGGAGACAGCACUCGAGCAGCCUACCAAGGCCUCAGCCGUAGGCAGCACCUGCGCUCCUUGCUCCUCCUUGCCCUCCUACCAUACCUGCGGACCAAGCUGGAGAAGGUCCUGGCCCGCCAGAAGGAAGAGGAUGACUUCUCCAUACGGCUGCCACAGUCCUUUACUCAGAAGAUGUACAGGGCCUUUCUGGCUGUCUACCCUUACGUGUGCAUGGCAUGGGAUGGCUGGACAUUUUUCCAUCAGCUGUUUUACGUUUUUGGAAAAACACGGACACACUCACCCCUGUUGUGGCUGGCUGGAGUUAAAUUGUCUUACCUCACAGCUCAUGACAUUCGCAGCUUGGAUCUCAAACCAACAGGCCCCGCACUGAGCCCCAGUCAGAGCAUUGGAGAGAAGCUGCAUCGUGUAUUGUCCACAAUGGUUGGAGGCGUGGCAGUAUCUCUCUCCACUAGUCUCUCUCUGGGUGUGUUUUUCCUGCAGUUUCUGGAGUGGUGGUACUCCUCAGAGAACCAGAGCAACAUAAAGUCGCUCACAUCCCACCCUACACCUCCACCCCCACUUCAUCUGGAGGACCAGGACUCUCACACAAACAAUAAAGUCUGCCCACUGUGCAGGAAGUUGCGCAGCAAUGACACGGCCCUGGCUACUUCAGGCUAUGUCUUCUGCUAUCGAUGCAUAUACAUGUACGUCAAAGCCAACCACCGAUGUCCCCUCACAGGCUAUCCCUCUGAACUGCAGCAUUUAAUCAAAAUCUAUUCACCGGAAGGGUAGAGUUCAAGUGGUUUUGCAGCAUUUAUUGUGCAUUUCCUGAUAAUUCACUUACAAGACCUACCCCUAUGACAGUGCAAAGUACCGUAAUCUUUAUGGAAACAAGAUCAGUUUUGUGUACUUGUAAAUUACCAAAACUGUUGAUUUAAGUCAUGAAUAAUGCCAAUUUUUAUUGCUGAACUAACUGGAUGAGCUUUUGAAUAUAAAAACUCAUAAGCUGUGAAAAAUGUGAAGGCUUUAGCAAGGUUCAGUGACAUUGUACUUUGGAGAAAGGCAUUCUCUGAAACUACAUGAGCAAGAAAAUUGUUGUGUGACUCAGCUACUAUGCAAAUGAAAGUUAUGCCCAAAAAUCUGCUUUGGAGACCCCACAUCUAAAAUCGAGGCCAAUAUACAACUCCUAGGGUUCUGUUGAGCAACAUUAAUGCUCCACCUGCAGCAUGCUGUUGCAGGGGCUUGGUCCUCACUUUUGAAGUGAGACAUUUCUCAAAGCAGUUACAAUGAGUUAUAUAUGCAUUUAAGAUAAAAGUUAAUAAUUUGGUUGUCUUGGGAUAUACACAGUAGCAUCUUAACUGUUGAGAAAAGUGGCAUCCUUUACAUGUUUAUCUUUAUUGAAACACCCAUAAAAAGGACUCUUUUUAGAAUUCUGUUGCAAGCACACACACCCCUUAAAUCAUCUCAGUGAUUAAAAAAUAAAAUACUCUAGCCGUUCCCAGCAAGCUUGCCAAAAAUGUUUUAACCCAGCAUUUUUAUAAAAUUAACAUUCCUUGAGAUAUUCUUCUAAAAACUAGACAGUUUGUUCUGAAACAGCUCUACACAAUUGCCCCCAUUCGCUUUUAUUGAAACCUUUCUCAUGUUCUUGAAAUAAAAGCAUGAUGUUUGCUGUUCAUAAUUUUUAAAUUAAAAAGGUUCUGUAGAAUCACAUUCUAAUGUUGCGUUUUUAAAUGACCAACUUUCUUAAUGCUUCCUGGGCUGCAGCUAUAAAAGGCUUUAAAGCUCAUUAAAAACUCAUUACAAACCUUCCCCCUCAGUGUUGGGAAAAUAUUUACAGCUCCUGUGAAAGAGACACUUAACACACGUCAAGUGUUUGUCAGAAUUAGUUUAUUAAUAAAUGACAACACAACUGCAUAUGAAAGGAGUGUGUUACUUCACAUGUCAAUGCCUUGGAGAUUUGUUUGACAAAAACACAAAGGUAAAAGAGCCUUGCCCUAUUUACAAUUGCUUAGCAAUAAAUGCACUCUCAGUAUUUUAGGUACAUUUGUUGCUUUGACACGCACGCACACGCACACACGCUAAAUAAAGUGAUUAAUAUUCAAAGAUACAGCAUACAAUAUUUGUACAGUAAAGUAAUUAACAUAUAAAGCUACCUUGUUACCAACAAUCACUGCCAGUCAGCAAAUCUGUGGCAGAAACCCUAGAACUGUUUCACUCAGCUCAAGUCCAUCACCCCACGAGGGUUUAAAGACUGGAUUGCUAAAUGUCCAGUUUCCUUCUUUCUUUGUUUUUUCAAAUAUGACCCCAAACAAACAUGGCACCAUUUUAGGACUAAGCAGCCACAAGAUAUUUAGAUAAAAUCCCAAGUGCUUAUAAUGCCUGACAGCAUUCCAGAGAAAGCUGUGGGAACGUACUUUCAGACUAGGGUGCCUUCCACUGAAAAACAAGCUACAAGGCUAGACUGCAACAUCCAGAAAAGCUUUAUAAUAUCUAGCUAGACAGUUCAAUUAUAGGGCCAGGCUCAUGCUCAGUGGUGUUGAAGUGAUUGUGGUGUAUGGAUUAUAAGCAAAGCCCCCAAACGCUAAAUUUAUAUACAACGAAAAGCCUCGUUACAUUUUGUUCAGUUAUAGUUUUAGCAAGCUAAACAUAGCAACAGCUCUGUAUCCAAAAGGAAAGUUUACACCAGCUCUAAACUGUGGGCAAAUACAUUUGGUUCACUGGCAAGGAAGUGAUGGUCUACAUCCCCCUGCAUUUCACCUGACUAAGCCCAUUAAGUGAACAGUCCAGAGCUGCAAUACUCAUCAGUCCAGGCUAAAGAUAGAUGAGCACAAAAUGCUUGUUCCCAUAUCCAUGACCCAACUCUAACCAGAGGUUCAUUGCAGGGUCCCAGAGGGGCUGCCCCUGUCAACAGGGUUUGUUUAACACCCCCACGAGCAGAGCCUAGAACAGAAGAGGAGGGAAGAGGAAAGAAUUAGGGGUAGGUCAGAGCACACUAAAUAGACUUGAUUUUUUCCACGUUCUAACCCAGCAAAAAACAUUUUGUCUUGGUGCUGCAAGGCUAAAGUAGCCAAUAAUGACAACUCUAUCAGGGUUCCCACAGAGCCUUAAAAAGUCUUCAUUUAAAAUCCAGGUAAUUAAGGUCUUAAAUUUACUGUAAAUUUGAUGCAGGCAUUACAUUUUCAGAUGGUGCGUUUAAUGCCGGUGGGAAAACAGUGGCCCAUCGUAAACAUCUAAUCCAGGGAGAGAACUAAGGUAAGCAGGAAGCUAGCUAACAUACUAACAUUAGCAGCAAGUUAGCUAACAUUAUCAGGGAGAGAAGCUAAAGAUUUUUGGCUCUUAAAUUAUAUUAAACGAAACCUUAAAAAGCAUAAAAUUUUACUUAAAUGGUGCAAAAGCGCUGUCUAGUGUUAAACCCUGAUUUAGAUAGCCAGUCAAGCCACAAUCUUGCUUUAGCUGGGUCAGUUGUAACAAUGACACUUACAUGGUUAUAUUAAAAAAAAAAAAAAAAAAAAAAAACCUUCAUUAGACUUAUAGCCCAUUUCCCAAAAACCUUUAGAAGCAGCUUGAAAAGCAAAUCUUUCUCCGGUUGGGGUACAAGGAAAAUGAGAAAAUUUGACCCAGUCACCACGAAAUUGUGUGAAAAAGUAAUAAUGUUUACAUAGCUUCCCAAUUAACAUACAACCAUUUACCACACUUCACAAAAAGUGUGUUUGAGGGUUGAUUAACUUACAAUAUAAUGUAAAAUGUUUAACUGUAAAUCCUAACAUUAGCAAGUUUAAGUCUUUCCCCUAUUUUCCCCAUGUCUUCCUUCCAUAUCCCUUAAUUAAAAAAUAGAUAAAAAUACCUCUGCCGAGUUUUAUAAUUGCAGUUUCAUGACCACAGGCCACUACUGCAAGAUGCCACCCUCCAAAAAAAAAUUAAGAUAGGAAGGCACUUAACAUUUUCUUUAUUCUAAAAGACUGAGAGGUUGGAAAUUGUUACUUAUGUGGUAUACAUGACCAGUUGUCACUUUGUGAGUGGUAAAAACAGGACAGCAAAAAAAAAAAAAAAAAAACACACACACACACACACAA